AUGGCCAACAAGGAAAUUUCAUCCACCGUACUCCUCGUACAUGCAUUUUUACUCGCGAACAAACUCGAUAAAACUGCAGCAAGGCUCUUGAAGGAGGUCCAAGGUAGUAGCGAGGUGGAGCUCGAUGAGGCUAAACUGGCUAGCAGCAGGGAUGAUCCCAAGGGCAACCUGAUUGUAGAGGCCGUUGCUGCUAAACUCGAUCAGGCGAGGAAGGAAGCUGAGCAAGGCGAAGGCAGUGACAGUGACAGUGACAGUGAUAGCUCCAGCGACAGCUCCAGUGAAGACGAGAAAGUGAAGAAACCUGCUGCUAUCAAGUCUUCACCUGCAAAGACACAGGCACCUGCUGCACCAGCCAAAAAGCCAGUAAGCAGCAGCAGCAGUAGCAGCAGUAGCAGUAGCUCCUCAGACAGCUCGGAUAGCGAGGAUGAGAAGAAACCAGCUGCGAAGAAUGUCUCAGCUGCAACGACCCAGACGCAGACAAAGGCACAGGCGGCACCAGCUAAAAAAGCAGCCAGUGAUUCUGAUUCUGACUCUGAUUCUGACUCUGAUUCAUCCAGCGAGGAUGAAAAAAAGCCAGCUGCUAAAAAGGUCUCACCUGUGAAGGAGCAGGAGCAGAAAAAGGAACAAAAGCAAGCUAAAACAGCCGCAGCUAAGAAAGAUUCAAGUAGUAGUAGUAGUAGCAGCAGCAGCUCAGACUCGGAUUCAGACUCGGAUUCGGACAAGAAAAAGAAUGACAAGGUAGUGGCUGUAACACCCUCUGUACCAUCAUCUGCCACUAAGAAACGCAAAGCUAGCUCAUCUAGCGACUCAUCAAGCUCUUCAAGCUCCUCAGACUCAAGUGAAGAUGAAAAAACUGACAAAAACACCACCGUCAAGAAGCAAAAAGUGGACGAUAACACGGUCGUAGAGAAUAAAGAAUCAUCAACACCAACAUCCAAAGCAGUCACACAAACAACGACAAGCACCAGUAAGCCACAAGGAAAAGGUCAAAACGAUCGCUUCAGAAGGGUUAUUGCGGAAGAUGUUCAAUUCCACGAUAACAGACUUGCAGAUAAUUCAUUCGAGGGUAUUGGUUUGUCAGACAAGGAUUUCGGUCACAAGGCAGCUUCCGAUCUUGCCCCAACCAAGGGAGCAGGUUUUAGGAAGGAGAAGAAUAAGAAGAAGAGAGGUAGUUAUAAGGGAGGUGAGAUAUAUAUGGGCAGCAAUUCCAUCAAGUUUGAUUGA